CGAGUCUCCGAUCUGGAAAGGGAGUUGAGAAGGGCAAGGUUAGACUGCGAAGAAGAGAGAAGAGCAAGGGAACAGUUAGGAGGCAUGUUAACGUCACACGAGCAAGAAUUUAGAGGGAUGAGAGACUGGGUAAUUACCGGUGAUGAAAUUGAAAUCAGAAGAGACCAGCGACUCGGGGAAGGUGCGUGGGGAAUCGUCUACCGUGGAAAUUUUCAAGGAUGUGAUGUAGCUGUAAAAGAAAUACACCCAGUCAUUAUGUCUGAUCGAAUCAGGCAAUUGUUUGAAAGAGAAGUGGACAUUGCCUCAAGGUGCCGCCAUCCCUGCCUAUUGCAAUUUAUUGGUGUAACAACUGGUGAGAGACCCCUGUUAGUUACGGAGAUAAUGGAAUGCAGUCUAAGG